AUGGCCGAUGAAGUUCAGCACGUAAUUCCCAAGGAGGCCGAUCCACCAAUGCUAGUCCAGUCCCAACCAAUGGUAACCCAAAUGCCACCACCAACGAUCCCUGCUGGAAUGCAGGCGGCCUACUCAGGCGCAUCCUCAGCCUAUCUUUCGGCCUCAGCAGGUGUACCUUCAAUGCAUUCAGGAGUCCCGUCGCCGCCCCCGACGAACGUACCACCAGCAACUCAGGCAACACCGCCCACCCUUGACGCCACUCGCGUGGCUGCACUCGAAGGAAACGUCACUGCCUUGCAGAACACGGUCGACCUGAUGGUCACCAACAUGUCCGAGUUGCUGAUCCUUCUCAAGGGCCCGAAUCACGCAUCGUCAAGUUCCAUCCUGCCUUCUGCGCAUGGGUCAACAGUUAACCCCACUCCAUGGGUCCCGUCGACCCAGGUGUCGGAGGGAGAUAUCAUGGUCAUCCCUACGCCAACGGACAAUCCGGCGCCCGCUCCUCCCUCGACGCACGUCCCAGCGGUCCACCCGGUUAACACUUCCAUACUGUUAUCUGCGGUUCCAGUAGCUGCCUCACUCCCGCCAAUGACGAUUCAAACCGGAGCCAACUGUAUUCCUGCCACCUCCAAUGCCCCUGCCGAUCCCGGCCGUAAUAUACACUGCUCCUCCGCCGACGGUUUUCCCGACGUUGAGUGCCCUCGCUCCUACUCAAAGUUUAGAACCUUUUCCAUUCCUAGCACCACAAUCCCACAUCAGCCUCCCGUACCAAGCCCCACCACCCAUAAAUAUUCCUCCAUUUGA